ACAACUGAACCUAGCACUGAAGCUGGGCUCCACAGGGGCCCAGGCCAACACACGGAUGUCUGGAGGGAGCACCCGAUUGAGAAUGUGGUACAAUAGAAGCUAGCCUGAUUGAAGAAAUUUGUCAAUGAUCGUACUUUAUAUUGGAAGUAGAUCCUGGAGUCAAGAUUUUCCCACUUUAAACAGUUUUGAUGGCAGAAAGAAGAAGGCCCUACAAUGUGAGGGAAGCAAUGGAGGAACUCAUGGGACCUAGUGGACAAAAUUGGGCCAAUAUGGAUCCAGAAGAACAAAUGUUAGCGGCUGCUACAGCUUUCACCCAGAUCUGUGCAGGGCAGGGUGAGGGAGAUGUCAGGAGAGAAGCCUGGCCUACCCAAUAUGAUCCCUACAGCAAAGCUUCGGUAACCCAAUAUGAUCCCUACAGCAAAGCUUCAGUAACCCAAUAUGAUCCCUACAGCAAAGCUUCAGUAACCUCAGGAAAGCGACAUGCUCUUCCUGUGCAACUGCAGUACCCACAUGCAAAAAGUAAUGUCACCUCAGAAACAGUCUCGGAGGCCUCCCAAAGACCCCGAAAGCCAGUGAUGAAGAGAAAGGUGCUGCGUAGGAAGCCCGAUGGGGAAGUACUAGUGACAGAUGAGUCAAUUAUCAGUGAAUCAGAGUCUGGUACAGAAAUUGAUAUGGAUCUCUGGGAUUUAAGACAAAGGCUGAUGAACCUUCAGUUCCCAAAAGACAGGGAGACCCCUGUUGAUAUUUCAGAAAAACUUCAUCUACCACAUGAAUACCAAGAUCAGCUCAAUAGCUAUCUACAAAGAGAAGGAAUGGGCCCUCCAGCUUAUGAACAGGACCUGAUUGUUGCCAGCCGACCAAAGUCCUUUAUUCUCCCAAGGCUGGACCAGUUAAGCCGAAACCGGGGCAAGAUAGACCGGGUAGCCCGCUAUUUUGAGUACAAACGAGACUGGGACUCAAUGCGAUUACCUGGUGAAGAUCAUAGGAAGGAAUUACGCUGGGGUGUCCGAGAGCAGAUGCUUUGUCGAGCAGAACCUCAGUCCAAGCCUCAGCACAUAUAUGUUCCAAACAAUUAUCUAGUACCAACUGAAAAGAAAAGAUCUGCCCUUUGUUGGGGUAUUCGUUGUGACCUUGCAAAUGGUGUCAUGCCCAGGAAGCUUCCCUUCCCUCUUUCUCCUUCUUAAGUCUUUUUUUUUUUUUUUUAAACCUGUCUCACAGGGUUGUUUGGGAUAACAUGGCAUUUUAUAUCUUUCCUUUUAUUUAAAUAGAAACAACUAACUUGAAAGACCAUGGUACAUUAUAGAGCAAGGACUUCACCCAUCAUUGGUUUUUCCUAGGUGUAUAU